AUGCUCUCUCCCGCAACCUCGAGCAGCAGUGACCUCUCUUCUAACUCCACUGGACUCGACGUGCUUGCUCCCACCACUCCAUCAACUGGCGCGGGUGUAGUCGAGUCAUCCAUGGCGGAUAUGAAGAGCAGCGUGUACGCUUCGGACGAGUUUCGGAUCUACAGCUUCAAGGUGCGGCCGUGCUCGCGCGCGUACAGCCACGACUGGACGGAGUGCCCGUUCGUGCAUCCGGGGGAGAACGCCCGCCGGCGCGAUCCGCGCAAGUUUCAUUACAGCUGCGUGCCGUGCCCAGAUUUCCGCAAGGGGUCGUGCAGGAGGGGGGACUCGUGCGAGUACGCGCACGGCGUGUUCGAGUGCUGGUUGCACCCCGCGCAGUACCGAACCAGGCUUUGCAAGGACGGCACCAGCUGCUCCCGCCGCGUCUGCUUCUUCGCGCACACGUCCGAGGAGCUCCGCCCGCUGCAGAGCCCCGCCGCGGGCACCCCCGCCAGCAUGUUUGCGCACUCCCCCGCGGACAUGCGCGCAGUCACCGCCUCCGCCGACCUCCCCCCACCUUCCCCCUCUUCCGUCCGCAUGAUGUCGCAGUUUGCGCCGCAUAGCGCAACCAGCUCUUCCCCCACUGCCCCCAUCUCCCCAUCCAUUGCCACGUUUUCCGCGUCCGGGAAGUGCAUGCCCGGGGGAGGUCAGUCCGCGGGCGGGGGUGGACACGGGGGAACUGCGCCGCUGAGCCUGUCGUCGGGGGUAAACCUGAUGCGCCUCCGCGCGGCCCUGAAUGCGCGCGAGCUGACCAUUCCGGAGGAGACUGAAGAGGCGCUAGAGGCGCUGGAAGCUUCCUUGCUGCAGGAGCAGCAGCAGCAACAACAGCAACAACAACAACAGCAACAGCAACAGCAACAACAACAACUACAACAGCAAGGGCAGCUGCAGCAGCAGAACUCGCCACUUUCUCGACCAACGCUGCAGCAACGGCAGCAACAGCAACAGCAGCAGCAGCAGCAACAGCAACAACAGCGCUGGCAGCAGGAGCAGCCAAGAUACUGGAACCAGCAGCUGCAGCAACACCAGCAGCUGCAGCACCACUCCCCACCGCAGCACAUCCUCCAGGACCACCUGGAAUCCAUCACACGUGCCGACCUCGGCGCAGCGCGAGUCACCGCGGAUUUGGGCGACCUCUCCCUCACCCGCCAGGGUAGAUCCCCGGGCGUGCCUUUCCACCAGCUCCAGGACGCGCCGUCCCGUUAUGAGCCGACUCAGAACUCGCUCGGAAACGACUUGUCCCUCGGCCGAAACCCGGGGAGGAGCCCGGGCGUGAGUUAUCAGCUUCAAGACGCGCCCUCCCCCGGCCUUAGUAGGGGCGCGCAGCAGCUUUACAGCCCCUUACGCCCGGACGUUCUCAGUGGGGAUAUGGGCAUCGUGGGCGGGGGAGUUGCGGUGAUGCUGCGCCUAGGAGCUAUGGGGGUGUUGGUAGUGAUGGUGGCAUGGGGGGUGCAGAUGGGGGGAUGUUUGGUGCUCUACCCUCUCCGAGCCAGUCUCCUAGUCCACUCUGUGCCCACCUAUGAACCCCGCAUGCUGCCACCCCAGGGAGAAUUGCCCUCCCAUCAAGGAACUAGUCUUUCUAAAGGAGCAGGGGGUCAGCUUAUAUCGGGAACAGGGAGGGAGGAGGUACAGGAGACGGAUGUGGGGUGGGUGGGGAGUCUGGUUCGGGAUGCGGGGAGUGGUGCUGGGUUUUGA